GCGCGCGCCCUCUCCCUCCCCGGCUGAAGGAGGAGGGGGACUCUGGCGGGGGAAGGCGAGGGGGAGAGAUGGAGAAGAAGCCGCCUUUGACGGCGGGGGGCUGCCCCUGGGAAGCCUGACCCUCCUCCUCCUGCUGCUGCUGCUGCUGCUUUAAACGGAGGCUUUGGUGGAGAGCCCUGUGGGUGUUGCAGCUGAGGCGACGCCGUGCCAAGAAAGGAGCCCUUUGCGAAGCUGCUUCUGCUGCGAGGGUUCUUCUUGUUUUGAUUUUCUCCGCAGUGGGAUGUUCUCAUCUUUGUGUCCAUGCUGGUGCCACUGGAUUGGAUCCAUCAUCAAAACAACACCUGCCUUUAGUACAGUGUGUAACUAAAAACUAACUAAAGAAUGAGGAGAUUUGUCUACUGCAAGGUGGUUCUUGCCACCUCCCUGAUGUGGGUGCUGGUGGAUGUGUUUCUGCUCUUGUACUUCAGUGAAUGUAACAAAUGUGAUGACAAGAAAGAGAGGUCCCUGCUACCAGCUCUAAGGGCUGUUAUGUCAAGAAGCCAAGAAGGACCUGGAGAGAUGGGGAAGGCAGUCGUCAUACCCAAGGAUGAUCAGGAAAAAAUGAAAGAGCUGUUUAAAAUCAACCAGUUUAACCUUAUGGCCAGUGAUAUGAUUGCGCUGAACAGAAGUUUGCCGGAUGUAAGACUAGAGGGAUGCAAGACAAAAGUCUACCCUGAUGAACUACCAAACACAAGUGUGGUCAUAGUAUUUCAUAAUGAAGCCUGGAGCACUUUGCUUCGUACUAUUUACAGCGUUAUAAAUCGUUCUCCACACUAUCUACUUUCUGAGAUUAUCUUGGUAGAUGAUGCCAGUGAAAGAGAUUUUCUGAAGGUCCCAUUAGAGAAUUAUGUGAAAACUUUGCAAGUGCCAGUAAAAAUUAUUAGGAUGGAACAGCGGUCGGGACUGAUUCGAGCUCGGCUUCGAGGAGCAGCGGCUUCCAAAGGACAAGUCAUCACUUUCCUGGAUGCACACUGUGAAUGCACUUUGGGUUGGCUGGAACCCCUGUUGGCAAGGAUAAAGGAAGACAGGAAAAUUGUUGUUUGCCCCAUUAUUGAUGUGAUCAGCGAUGACACUUUUGAAUAUAUGGCUGGCUCAGACAUGACUUAUGGAGGAUUUAACUGGAAACUUAACUUUCGUUGGUAUCCUGUUCCUCAGAGAGAAAUGGACAGAAGGAAAGGAGACAGAACAUUGCCUGUGAGGACCCCUACUAUGGCUGGUGGCCUAUUUUCUAUUGACAGAAACUACUUUGAAGAGAUAGGAACUUACGAUGCAGGAAUGGAUAUCUGGGGUGGAGAAAAUCUUGAAAUGUCUUUUAGGAUCUGGCAAUGUGGAGGCUCACUUGAGAUUGUAACAUGUUCACAUGUUGGCCACGUUUUUCGAAAGGCUACCCCUUAUACCUUUCCUGGUGGUACUGGUCAUGUAAUUAAUAAGAACAAUAGACGACUUGCAGAGGUAUGGAUGGAUGAAUUUAAAGACUUCUUCUACAUAAUAUCCCCAGGAGUUGUCAAAGUGGACUAUGGAGAUGUAUCAGUCAGAAAAGCACUUAGAGAGAACCUGAAAUGUAAACCAUUUUCAUGGUAUCUAGAAAAUGUCUAUCCGGAUUCCCAGAUUCCACGACGAUAUUUCUCCCUUGGAGAGAUCAGAAAUGUUGAAACAAACCAAUGCUUGGAUAACAUGGGACGCAAAGAAAAUGAAAAAGUGGGCAUAUUCAACUGCCAUGGCAUGGGAGGAAACCAGGUAUUUUCAUACACUGCUGACAAAGAGAUUCGUACAGAUGAUUUAUGCUUGGAUGUCUCCAGGCUCAAUGGCCCUGUGAUCAUGUUGAAGUGCCACCACAUGAGAGGAAAUCAACUUUGGGAAUAUGAUGCUGAGCGGCUUACCUUGAGACAUGUGAACAGCAACCAGUGUCUUGAUGAACCGUCUGAGGAUGACAAAAUGGUUCCUACCAUGAAAGAUUGCAGCGAAAGCCGAUCUCAGCAGUGGCUCCUCCGUAACAUGACCUUGGUUGCCUAAAGCCAAGAGGGAAGGAGAGACUUGCUGUGUUUCUUCAGGCCUUGUAAGAUUCUAGACCAUUUAUACGUCACUCAUUUAGAUCAGAUAAAAGGAUAUACAUUCCUUUCUCUUGUUGAUGAAGUGAAAGGUUUUGAAUGCUUGGUUAAAAGCCUACUUGUUGGAAGAACAUUUUUUUUAAUUGCUUAAAAGCAUGUUUGCACUUUUUCCCCCUCAAACUUUUUUCCUCAUUCAGCUGAACACAUGAGCGCUUUAUAUACCAUGACAUACACUGUUACCAGGACAUAUUCAAAAGAAGAUCAGACUCACAAAAAACAUUGAAAGGCUGAACUCCAAGAUCUUAGGGUGGGAUAGUGGGCUAACUGUUGGUUGUCAUGUAAUGUUGCUUGAAAGUGACAAUGUUAAAUGCCUUAUGAAAUUCACUUGCGUUGUGAAAGAUUAUAUCAUUUGUUUCAUUAAGAUGAUGUGUGUGUACUGGUCCUUCAUGGCAACAAAGGAAGAAUUAGGUUUUUUAAUCAGACAUAACCAGCAUAUAGGAGAGGAUUUCUUGAUGGUAAUUUUUCUGUACAUAACAGAUGUUUUUCAUGUAUAGUAGCAGGGGAAAAAAGUCAUUCCUGAUUUUUUUUAUUCUUUGUAAAAUCAAUACUUAAUGAAGGAUAUGCUGGCAGAUGGGAUGUAAAACUAAAAUAGCAGCAAAAAAUCACAUCAUGAAAUGGAAUUGAUAUUGUCCAGAAAUAACAUGUACUCCUGGCAAAGUAUAAGCCAUUGUGAAAAAUAGUAAUGCCAGUCUACUUCUCUUGAAUCUCUUGAAAACAUGGCAUGUUUACACUGGACACUUCAGUUCAAGUUGAACCUUGUUAUAUUAACUAGUCCCAUCCCUUAAUGAUUGUAACAAUUCUUCUUUAAUAUCAUUUUUAUUAUUGUUGACAUAUGCAGCAGAUAACAAUACCUGAAGAUCCUGCCCAAAAAUGUCUACCCUUCAAUCCUUAUUAAGUCUUCAAAUAUUAUGAAGUUAAACAGAUGUGCAAGUAUGAAAGUUUUACUUGUGACAGCAGUGCAUUAAUUAAAACCAUGGUAUAAUAAACUGAUAGCUUUGAAAGCCAUGUUUACCUAGAAGGCUUGGUAGAAAUAUAAAUAAUGAACAGGAUGUUCUUUGAAAAGAAAACCAAUUAUAUGGCAUAACUUUAUGCCUUUUUUCAUUGUAAGAGCAAUCUGGUUGUGACUUUGGAAUCUGCAGUAGUUUCCAUGUUGGUCUGUCACAAGUGAUAUUAGAUCUAGAAAUGCAUAAACGAUGCAUUACUUCAGCUACAUUUACAUAUGGUUUAUCUAAUAAUGCUACAUGUCACACUGAGCUAGCCAAAGUGAUUCGUACUCAGCUGAAUGGUAUCAAUCUAUCAUGGUGUAGAGGAGUGUUUGUCUGGGCCUGUUUCUUUCUCACUAAAACACAAGGCUUUAGACCUUGGGAGAAGAUCACAUAUAGACUCUUCCUAUGGAUGAAACCUGCCAAGUUGUUUUGCCCUUUAGUAAUAUUAUCUGUCUGGAAUAUUCACAUGCCUAUUGCCCAGUCUCAUUCAUUCGCUCACCAUUACAAUAUACUAGGAUAGUAAAAGAUACAGAGUGACAAGCUAAGUGUUACAGCUUAGUGGAGUGAAAGGCAAAACAUCUGUCUCCAUAAGCAGGCCAAUAAUCAGUAGGAAACAGAUGAGUUGGAGGCAGAAGACAUAGGAGAUUAUCGCACCUGAAAAUCCCACCAGGAUAGAUGCGGGUCAAAAGUCAAAAACAGGUGUUAUUGCAUGUAGCCAAGGCCAAGCGAGUGCAAUGUGUCUGCAGUCCAGACCCCAGCUGCACUUAUCCAGCAGCUUUUCCAAAAUGGCCAGCUCCAGUUUUUGAAAAGCAGCUGAUAAGUACAGUGGGAGACCAGGCUGCAGACAAGUCGUACUCGCCCAUGCUCAGCUGCAUGCAAUAACACCUGUUUUUUUUUUUUACUUUUCAAAUCUGAAUCUAUCCUGGCGGGAUUUGCAGGUGCAAUAAUCUCCACAGUCUGAGAAGGGCUUGUGGCCAGAUAUUCUUAAGAUACAGAGGGGGGGGGGAGACAAAAGAGAUGAGGGGUUGCUAGUCAGAGUGAAUGAGGUAAAGCAUGGCAGGAAUUUCUCUUUUACCUGAUCUCACAAACAAGAUGCCCAAAUGAAAGAUCCUAGUUUAGUAGCAGUCUCACAGGACCAGUGGCAUCCUAAUUGGUAGUGCACGGUACCUAAAUUUUCAAACUGACUAGUUACGAUUUUUCCACUUGGCACUCACAGGGAGAUAUUGGCAGCAGUAAGGUUGAGAAAACCUUUAUGUUUACCUUUUUAAGGUUCAGAUAAACUAAUCCUAUUCCCAUAGAAAACAUUUUCUGGAAUUUGGAAAAAGAAUAAUGCCUUUGCUAAGGGCUUUGCAUAUUUUCGGGGAGGGAACCUGAUUUGGAUUAAGAGAUAGCAUUGAUGGGGAUAACCUUUUAGUAGGUCUCUAUAAUUCUUGUAUUAAUAUUUGGAGAAGUGCCAAUGUUUUCCUCUAAAAGACAAAAAUCUCACAAGACGAGGUGUGAGAUUAUCUCUGUACCUUUAGAGUUGUCCAUCAGGUCUCUUCAUUUUAAGUUGGUCAUAUGUUUGACUAUCAAUCUUGCUAGAGUAGUUUUGCUCUGCUUCUGCCUUUGCAACAAGCUGCAGUGGAGUUGAAAUCUGGCAUAGGUAAGCAACGGUCAAAUAGGAGAUCUAGUAGAUGUAGUCACAGAAGGUUUGAUACAAGAUGAAGCAUGGCAAGCAGAGUCAUUACUGAUAUUCAGUGUAGAAAGUUGCUCAGACUUAGGGUUUGAUUUGGAUAGAUUAUUUUAGGGCACUUCUUUUAGCUCCUGAGGGCAGUUUUUCAUAAUAUGGGGUCUGCUUUCAGAACCUUGGCUGUUGGUUGGGACCAGACCAGUGAUGGCAAAGCAUUGAUAGCACAUGAGAGGCAGUAAUGUGUUGGAGGCUGGCUCCUGAAGGUCCAUUCCACCAACGUGUAUGCCAACACUAACAAUAUUUACAUCACUAAGGCCUCUUGCAAAUGGAUGACAGAUAUCUAGAGAGUUAGACCUGUGACCUACUCAGAAGAUAGAGAAAACAUUGCCACAAAAUAGUGUACUCUAAUACUAUUCUGUUCAAUAAUGAAUUUAGAAAGCCCCUAGUAGAAAGGCAGCAAUGGAGCUUUGCAUCAUUCUUAUUAGGUUGUCCUCACUGAAGAUUACUCAAAACAAUGAAUCUCACCAUAGUCCAGCAGGAAUUGGAUUCCCCCCUCUGCCCACAUUUGUAAUUUUUAUAUUCUUGCUGGGCCAAAGAGCUGUUUCCACUCUUUAACUCAGCCACCAUGUCUGGUUGCUUCUGCUCUGCACCCAGCUUAGCAUCCUGGAAAAUUUAUUCCUUCACCUCUCAAGUAAAGGUGUGGAAACUGAGUAGGAUUAGCCCAGCAGCACUCAACUUUCUACUCACACGAGUGUGUAGAAAGGGAUGUCACCACUGAGCAGGAGCUAUAGUUGAACUUUAGAAAUGUAAAUGGUUAACAUUUUAAAACAGAUGAAAAGGCUAGUUCGCAGAUUAAAAUAGCCCAUGGCUAUGCCAAUCCAGUUUCCCUCUUUGUCUGUACUAUACCCAAAGCCUCAGGGGGGAAAGCUAUACUGGGGGACAAAACUCCAGACACCAUUUUUGCUUAACUGCUGACACCACAGACAUCAUGUGUCUGAACUCAAGCUUUCUAGUAUUCCUUGUGCACCAUUCUCAAAGGCUCAAGUGUAGAAUACAAAAAUAAUUAUUUGUCAAACAGGAAUUGAACCUACCAUCACAGAUUGAUUAUUCAGUGUAUUCAAAUCUCAUUCUCACACACUCAUCUCCUAGUUAACUCUGAUCCUGAACCUAACUGAUUUCUACUUCUGACCUGACUAUCUUCCCCAAAUAACUCUCAUGAAACUCAUGGUCCCUGUAUGAAGAGGUCUGUGCUCACUUGAACAUGAGCAGAAUCACUUGUAUGAUCAGAAGCUUUGACAAAACAGGAUUUCUAGUCAAGUGGAGACUUCUGCAUUCAAACUAACAUGAGCAGUACACUUCUGCAAAUUUUGCUAUUCAACAUGGGGAAGUGGGCCUGAUACGCACAAAGACUUUGGAGGACAGCUGGUAUGCUCAACCCCAUCUCUCAUACUCAUGUUAGUCUUUUCUGGAGAUGGAGAGCAUGCAGCCUACAUCCACAAUGCCAGCAUAGUUGAUGGUGCGGAAUGCUGGAAGUCUAACAAUAUGUAGAGGGCUAUACAUUCUCUGUCCGUGGCCCACCUGGGUAAGGUAUUGUGCUUUUGAGCCAGUGCUAAUGAAUUCACUUUAUCUUCAAGAGUAUUUCUGGACUCUUGAGACCCAAAUACUGUAUUUUUAUCUAGCUUGUAAACAAGUUAAAUAAUGUUUUGAGAUUAGUACUGUACUGCUAAGCAACAUGGUCUAGGGUUUUUUCUUUUACUUGAAAGUAAUGAAGAUCAUAUCUGAUCAUAUAAAUUUUAGUUGCAUCUCAUUUGUGGAUGCUAAAUACAGUCUCAGAUGAGGCAAAUAAUGGUGAACAUGCUUAUGUGUAAAGCUACAUAUUAGGAUGUAAUGGUUUGUAGCAAGGGUGCAUAAAAUAUGCCCCCCAGGUGUUCUUGAACUACAAAUUCCAUUAGCCAUAGCCAGAAGUCUCAACAGUGAGGAACAGUGGAAGUUGUCAGCCAACAACAUUUGGAAGACAACAUAAUUCAUAUCCCUGGUCUAGAGGCUGAAUCUGAAAUAGAAUUCUAUAAUGUCGCUGUCUUCUAAGUCCUUCUGCAUCACAAUAAACUGGAAAAUUUUAACACGUUUGUAUUUUCAACAGGACAUCCAAAUUGUUAAUCAUUGUGGUAGCAAUGACGUGUAAAUUCCAAAUGUAUUUGACUAACCAUCAUACACGUUCUCUUGUAUUUCAAUGUAUGGAAUAGAUUUUUUAAAAAACAGUCUGCUGCUAUUACUGUAUGAACACAUCUGGUGAGAUUACACCACAUCUAAACUGCCGCUCAGUAUAAGCUACUGUUUGAUUUCAAGGUGUUGAAUGAACGCCAGCAAUGUGUUUUGAAUUAGCUUAUGUGAAUUAUUAGUGUAAAAAUGUAUUUCAGACAUGCACAUAUGCUUCUGAAAUCCCAUUUUCAUUGUUGCAGGUACACUGAAGUCCAUUUUCUCUAUCAAAUAGCAGAUUUUUGGAUAAGUACAUUACUUCGCAAAUAGGGCCCCUUCUCAACAUCACUGUUAUUUCUUCAUUUGAGCCAUAAUAUGUAUUACAGGGUGGCAAAUCCAGGUUUGCCUCAAGUAUACUCGCACAGGGAGUAACUGCUAAUCCUAGCCUCCUGAUGGGUAUACUUGGAUGAUGUGCAUGUUCAUAUUUCACAUGCCCACAGGUUUAGGUGUAGAUAUAAAAUAUCUUAAGUGUAUGCCUAAAAGAUAUAUAAGGUGGUCCUUUAAAUUACAGUUGUGGACUUGACAGUGUAUUGUAUUUCCCAUGUUAUACUGAGAGCCUUUACUCAAGGAAUUGCUCAAAUCUUCCUAAAGUCAGUGCCUGGGACACAAAUACAGUUAUUACAUUUUAACAGUGGGCUGCAGAUCAAGAUUUACACCAUUUCUGAUGUUGUAACAGUUAAUAAAUGUUAAAUCUGCUGUAAAUUUUAAAUAUUUAUACAUUUUGUAGAAAUAAAAUAUGCCAGUUUAGUUUUA